CCGAUAAUAAGAUACUUAUGCACUUGCACGUGGCACGUGUGCGUGUGCGUGUGGUCCUGGGUGCGUGUAUGUCAGUCGGUGUCUGCCUGCAGGUAGGUGAGGUGAGGUGAGCGGCGCACACAAACAAAAGCACGCACAGGUACUGCACUGCACGCGUCCACACGCACCCCGCGCACAUAGAUGGACGCACGGCAGGUGUGCACACUAUAUAUAUUCGCUUACAAAACGGACACAGAGACAAUGCCAUUAUUCAUGUCUAUCUGUGUGUGUGAGUGUGCGUGUCAUGGCACGGCACGCCAUGUCAGCAUGAUAAUCACCACCCUCUCAUCAUCCAUUAGUCCAUCCAUCCAUCUGUUCUCUCGCUGGUGCGUGCCGUGCAGGCAGCUGUGUGUGGCUAGCUAGUCCCUGGCUCAGAGAGAGAGAGAGAGAGAGUGGCGUGAAAGGAACCGAACGAUCGUACGCAUCCAUCCAUCCAUCCAUUCAUCCAUUCACACAGGCACGGAGAGAGGUGAGUGGUCAAGUCAGUGGGCACAUCAUAUCAACACAGAGACGACAGGAGAUGAGAGCAGAGGUCAGACCAGACAAGGCAAAACAAGGCAAGACAAGGAAAGGCAUGGCAAGGAAAACCAGCAGAGAGGAGAGGGUCUACGGCCGGCUGCCCCCGUCAAUCCAUCCAUCGGUGUCCAUCCAUCUGUCUGUCUAUCUAUCCGUAUCUCCACCGCCCGCCAACAGCUGCUAUCAGUUGGCGGCACUCCUCACAGGUCCUGCACACACACACACCACACACACGGAUACAUGCCGGCGCUCCUCUCCACUCCUUCGCUGUCCGUACCGGAUUGACCCAGGGUGAGUCGGACGGGAACCGGAACUCCUACACACACACACACACACACACAUGGGUGAUGCGUAAACGAGCCUCUGUGUCUUAUCUGUGUCUGUGUGUGGGUAGGCUUACAUCGACCUUGACGACUUCUCCCUGGCGCCAGGUGCCCUGGAGGGUGUGGCCCGUGGCUAGCUUCAGGAUGCCGCUGUGGAGUGGGAUGGCGGGCAGCACAUCACAUCACAUCACAAAGCGAUAGGGUAGGGAGUGGGUGGGUGCAUUCACUCACCGUCCCUCCUUGCGGCCGUUAGCCCACUCGCCCUCAUAGACGGUGCUGUCAUC